AUGGGGUGCUGUGGCUGUGGAAGUUGUGGCGGCUGCGGUGGCUGCAGCAGUGGCUGCGGUGGCUGCGGUGGUGGCUGUGGUGGCUGUGGUGGCUGUGGCGGCUGCGGUGGUGGCUGUGGCAGCUGCACCACCUGCAGGUGCUACCGUGUGGGCUGCUGCUCCGCCUGCUGCCCCUGCUGCUGCGGCUGCUGCGGGGGCUGCUGCAGUACCCCCGUGGUCUGCUGCUGCCGCCGCACCUGUGGCUCGUGUGGCUGUGGCUCGUGUGGCUGUGGCUCAUGUGGCUGCGGCUGUGGAAAGGGCUGUUGCCAACAGAAGUGCUGUUGCCAGCAGAAGUGCGGUUGCAAGAAACAAUGCUGCUGCUAGGCGGCCAGUCAGCUCUGCCUCUAGCGUGAGGGAUGUCUGGGGCUUUGCUCACAGCGUUUGGUAAGACCUUCCUCCAUCCCUCCUGCCUGCUCGCUGCUGUCCUAUUACUUUGAU